UAAAAGACAAGAAUGUCACCCACUAUUAGGUCAGCGUUUAUGGUCAAACCAACAAUUACCAACAUGGAAAUCAAUAAUUAAUUUACAAACAGCAAAACAUGCUUAUCUUAUAGAUCAUCAAGUACAGGGGAAUAUUUUUUUCCCUGCUGCUGGUUUCAUUGAGUUGGCUUUGGCUGCCGUUUAUCAACUACUCUCUCAUAGAUCUGCUGCACCAACAGCAGUAACAUUUGAACGAGUAGAAUUUUUACAAGCAUGUAUCUUAAACAAAGAUGAAUUAACUGAAAUUUAUACACAAAUUCAAAUGCCUGGCUACAAACAAUUUUCUAUUUACAGUCGUCGUUAUCCAUCAACAAAAGAUGCUUUGAGAAAAAUGGGUCAAUCGGGAACAGAUUUAAUUCAAAACUAUCAAAGUAAUAACGAUUUGCAUAAUUACACAUCCAGACAAUGGACACUACAUUCAACUGGUUUAAUUCAAUUGCAACAAAAAAAAACUGCUUUAGAAAUACCAUCAAUAUACAAUUUUGACACAAUACAAGCAACAUUCACGGACAAUAACAAUCGUAGUGCGAUAUGGUCAAUAGAUAAUAAUCAUAUGUCAAAUUUAUAUAGAUACUUUCGAAGAAGUGGAAAUUAUUUUGGACCCUACUUUCAACAGAUAAAAUCGUUAUCAGGUACAAAUUCAAAAGUAUUAGCAGAAUGUAGUCAACAAAAAGAGCAAGAUGAGAAAUAUUAUCUAUUUCCACCAUUAUUGGAUAGCUGCUUUCAAAGUUCACUUAUCUUAAUGAUCGGUAUGGGAGCGAAUGUACCUAUAUCCAUUGAUAAAAUAACAGUAUUCAACUAUGAUAACCAAAAACAACAAAAGUUAUUUGUUUAUAAUUCAUCUCAUUCAUCUGUGAAUGGCCUGACAAAGGAUUAUAAUUAUUCAGCAGAUAUAAUUCUAUUUGAUCAACAGCAGAAACAAUUGAUUGCUAGCGUUGAAAAUAUCAAAAUACAAUCAUUAGCUGCAAUCGAUAAUGUUAAAGAUUUUACACGUUAUUCAUAA